GGAAAUAACUCCCUUAGAUGAUCGUAAACACAUUCAAGAUGGCGACGAACACCGAGACGCAAAAUACAACACUAUCAGAUGACGAGCAAAAAACGUUUUCAGGAGCAACUCUGCAAAUUGAUGGCGUUGACAACCAAACAGGACAUGAGCCUGGUGUUGAAUUUACAGGACCCAAGUCUAACUUUGACAGAAAUCGCCCCGGAAGUGUAUAUGGAAGACAGAGUAUCCGAAGCACGACUAGCCGCACCUCCGUCCGUCCAGGGGUGAUCAAAGGCGAUAAUGAGGCUGACACGUUCUUCAGCUACAAGGAAGAGAACUUUAACAAAGCACUUGAAGCAUGUAAAAAGACAUUGAAAGAUGACAUUGAUGGCGAAUUUGUAGGGGCUUGGCUGCUAACUCUUAUUGACCAUUGGGAUAACGAGAGGGAGCGUUUAAUCAUUCUGACCAAAAACUGUAUGCUCAUCUACAAAUAUGACUUCAUUCUUCAUAAGAUGGAAGAUUACAAAAGAGUCAUGCUUCAUUUAAUUGACACUAUUUGUGUGGGAGACUUUGUUUAUCCACCCAAAAGUCUGAUGCCAAUGAGACAACAUGGGGGGAUCCAGGUUAAGUGGAGUCAUGGACAGGAGCCGUCCUGGGCUCAGCUGUGGAACCCCUGGUGUGAGUCUAUCCCCUGGAUCAACCUCGCCCACCACCCCCUGCUCUAUAACCCCAAGGAAUAUGAGACCACCAUUUACAACGUGGAUGAUUUUUACGAGUCUCUGAUACAAUGCAUCAGUAACAGCUACAAGGAGAAACGACCAAGUGAGAAAAUCACAAUUGUUGAGGGUCCUAUAUUGAUUGAGAGCUACGCUAGCUUGGCCUCCAUGGUGUUUAACCAGAGUGGACUUGGUUUCAACAGAGACAGGAAGGGCAUUAGCUUCUGAACUUUAGAAAUGUUGCUGCACAAGCUACUCAAAGUUUUUCCUCGUCAAGCAUAACAUUUAUAGCUUUGAAAUCCAGAUCAAUUGAUAUAUUGGUUCAAUUUCAAUACAUGUAUAUUGAAAUGAUUAAACUUUUUCUAUAGCUUUUUCACUUGCUGUACUGCAAAAGAACUUUUGACAUUUACAGUGUCUUUUUAUUAUCAACAAAUACUGAAUAAUCUAAAAGAUUUUCUGCCUAGAGUUGAGCUAUUGUGAUUUUUAUAGAUUAAUUAACUAUGAAACAAGCUGUGAUUUUAUAUUAUACUUAACAGUAUACAAAUUUUCCAUGUGUCGGAGGAAUAUGGGUAAUAGCAGACUAAGUUGAUAAGCUGUUGUUUGGAUAUCAUCUGUAUACAGGACACAGACUAUUUUCCCUGUAAUAUUGCUGAUUCUAAAGUGCUCUUUUAUUUAUUUCUUCUUGUUUACUGUUCAGUUUUGUGUGCUUUUUGUAUUUUUUUGCUAGUUUUGCAUGUUGCAAUAUUAAGAUAUUUAAGUCAAUACACAUUCCAGCAAUUUUCUUACUACAACAAAUGUCUUUAUCAGUAAUAGUUUCUUGUAAGAAUGAACUGAAUUAAUUUUAAAGUUGACUUAAUUUAUUUGGUUUAAGGUAAGAGGUUUUCCUAUGAAAUUUCAUGAUAUGAAAUGUAAUUUUCAUAACAAAAGCCCUUUAAUGAUGUUUCUUAUCCAUAUUUUUUUUUCAACCAAUUGGGUAUCAGAUUUAUUUUGUUUGCAAAGAUUUCUAAGCUGACUUAAAUACACAUCUAUUUUAUGUAAUUUUUUUUUUUUUUUAAUUUUAUGUAGUAACUGUCCUCAUAUCAUAUAUAUUCCACAUUUUUUGUGGAAAGUUUGAGAAUUAUUUCCUGCCCUUGUUGAAUCCUCUUAUAUUCUGUUUCCAGAGGCAUUUCGAAGUGCUUUGGAAGGCCUCAGGUAGCAUGUGGGUCCUCUUUUCUUGUUGCUCAUUAUUAUUUUAUGUACUCUCUAUUUCAUAUGUUAUUGAAUGCACUUCUCAAACACACAAGUCAAUCGCAACUUCUCAGGCCUUUCAGACAAGCAGAAAAACAACCUUGAAUGUAUUACGUAGGUGUCAAUGACAACCCCCCUUUUUGUGAAUUUAGAAAUAGAUAUGAGAAGACCUCUUAUCUAGGGAGUAUUAACUUCAUUGAAUGUAAAGAUAUCACGUAAAAUAUACCAUAGAAGGGACUUUCAACUCCGUCUAUCCAAUACUUUAAUAAAUAGGAAGCAACUCCAUGUUAUAUAAAUUUAUACCAUAUGGUGAUUUAAAUAUAUUGGAGUUUGUUUUUCGGACCUCUGAGGGAAAGACCCAAGAUGAUGUGAUUGACACAUAAGUGUGUGCUUAUGUACAUAAGGGUGUAUUUUCAUCAUUGAAAAUGAUUGUACUCAACACAUGUAACUGCUAUAUAAUCUUUCACCCAAUGAACACGAAAUCUUUUCAAAAUAAUUUGUAUUUUUGAAAUUUUCAGUAAUUAGGUAAUCACAGCUUGAUUAAAUCGAUUUCCUUUUGCUACUGAUAAGGAGGUUGUUUGACAUACUUUUUUGCCCUACUUGCUUGAGUUGUGAUGUGCCAUUAAGAUUUUUUUUUUGCAAUAAGUUAGCAUAGUAUUUGAUAAUGUAUUUCUCAAUUUUAUUCAUUGUAAAGCUUUUUUCGCAAACUUUAUAAAUUAGAACACUUAUAUGUAUGCCCAUUAUACUGACAUGUAUCAUAUUGUCAUUUACUAUCAUGUGUCAUAUUUUUGAUUUAGUAUGGUUUAUCGUAUUUUGAUUUUAAGUCUCAGUGGAAAUUCUGAAAAAUUGAAAUAGAAAAUUUAUGCUAAGAAGCAUCAAAUACGACCUUCUUUGUGGUCAUGUGAUUUUUUAAGUUUCAGAAGUUUCUGAAACUGGACAUUCAAAGGGUGUGUUAACUUUUUCCUGCAAUGAAGUGGCAUUGAUGCAUACUUAGGAAUAUCACAAAUUAAAUUAUAUCUUUCCCUUCUCCAUUUCUCCCUUAGAUAUUACAAUUUUUGUGAAUAUAAAGCUACUUGUGA